UCAGUCUGAAGCACUAGCUUUUUGUGCCAUUUAGAUAUCGGUUAUGCCCUGUAAAAUAUGUUAUUGGAAAGCUUGCUUGUAUUUGAGUUUUUAUUUGUAAGAUUGCAUUGCACAUCGGCUUCUUCACUUGUUUCGUUUCAUAUGAUCUCUUAUUGAGCCUGAUCACUAUCGAAUUCGAUACAAAUAUCUCAAUUGAGAUAUUUGUAAAAACUAAAACAUGUUCUUCUCUUUCAGAUUUUUUUAUUGCCUAGUUGGUAGUUGCUCUCUGAAUAAUUCACUCGUAUUUUUCAUACGACGAACUUGCUAAUACAGCUUAACUAUCAACUCGGGAUUACUUUAUUACGAUGACGGGGACCGACGAGGAAUUGAAGGAAGCUGCUGAAAUGGAUCACCAUCAUUUCGUCAAAACUUUGUCAGCUUUUAGGUUUUUUGGUCCACAUCUUCUUAAAAGAGUCGAACGCUCGCGUGCCUAUUAUUACUCGUUACCGUCUACUCACCAUAAACUUAUUCGUGAAUUUGAUGAUAACCUCAAAAAGGUUGAGGAAUGCAUCUUGCACAACAAUGAUUUAAUAGCUAGCAUUAUUAAGCAUUCCGCUCCAGACAUUUUCAACGGGGAACAUGCUUGUGAGUUGAAUGGCACAGUUGGUUCAUCAAACGGAACAGAUUUAAAUAAUGGUCACACGGUCGGUCCCCGGGAAAAAAUUGGUCCUUUUGCAUUUACAAAUACAGAAAUGGACAAAGUUCGGUCAGCUUUAAAACAAUUUGUAAGAGAUUGGUCGGUUGAAGGAAAACCAGAACGGGAUAUAUGUUAUCAAUUUGUACUUAAUGAUGUUUUAGAGCUCUUUAACCCAAAGAAAAUAAAUCCUGCAAAUGUAAAAAUCCUAGUUCCAGGAGCUGGCCUUGGUCGAUUGGCUUGGGAACUUGCUCAUCUUGGCUACACAUGCCAAGGAAAUGAAUGGAGCUUGUACAUGCUUAUUCCAGCUUAUUUCAUUCUAAACACAUGUAAACAAGUUAAUGAGUAUAAGUUAUAUCCAUGGAUCGGUCAAUUUUGUAAUAAUAUGUCACGUGAAGAUCAAAUAACCCCGGUUCAUUUCCCUGAUGUAUGUCCAGCAGAUUUACCUGCUAAUGUUCAAUUUUCUAUGGCAGCUGGAGAUUUCGUUGAAAUAUACACUGAGCCAAAUACAUGGGAUUGUAUAGCCACUGUGUUUUUUAUUGACACAGCACAUAAUAUUCUUAGUUAUUUGGAUACAAUUUGGCGUAUACUUAAACCUGGUGGUUAUUGGAUCAAUUUUGGUCCAUUAUUAUAUCAUUUCUCUGAUAUACCUGGUGAAGAUUCUUUAGAAUUAAGUUAUACAGAACUUCGUUUAGCUAUUCAACGAUUAGGUUUUGAAAUUGUGCGUGAAAAAUCUAAUAUUCAAUGUGGUUAUACACAAAAUUCAUCAUCUAUGUUAUCAUAUAAUUAUAAUUGUGUAUAUGGUUUAUUUCGUAAACCAUUUAUUAUCACAACAAUAUCAUCUACAUUGAAUACUGCUCCUUCAACUAUCAAUGAUAUGCAAUAAUAAUAAUAAUAAUAAUAAUAAUAAUAAUAAUAAUAAUAAUAAUAAUAAUAGCAAAAUAUUAUGUAAUAAACCUUAUCAAUCAAACAUUCUAAUUCAUAAGCAAGUGAUUGUUUUGUUGUUCAUUUCAUUGUGUUCAAGAUUCAAUAAUGAAAUUGAUUAUAAUUAUUAUUUUUUUGUUUAGGUUUUUCACUGACUCAAUUAUUUUUUUUGUUUGUUUUGUUUUUCAAAAUGGUAUUACAUCACUGAUUAGAUCCAUUUUAUGAUGAUGAUGAUAGUUUUAUCGUGUGAUUGUUUAAAUGAUUAGACUAUUGUGUAUUUGAACAACAAUGAUGACAACAAUAAUAACAACAACAACAACAACAAGAGCAAUCAUCUUGGAUCCAUGUAUUUGAUAUGAUAAAGUAUAUAUUUACAAAUGUAUAGAAUUGUUCUUGUCUUUAUAUUCUAUAAUCAUUCCAUAAUUGUUUAUUGAAUGAAAAUAAUAUUCAAUUAUAAAAUAUCAUGAUGAAUACGUUGUCCAUAUAAAGUUGUGAAGAUUCUGUAAAGCGGGAUUGUUGAGAAAUCCUAGAAUAGAAUGAAACGUCAUUUCAAUGCUUUGAUAUUUUCAAUAGGAACAUUGAAUAAUCUACAAAAAUAUCUAAUAAACAUGAAUACAAAAUUUCCAAAUUACUUUAUGGUAUACUAAGUUAAUAAAAAAUAAAACCGAGAAAAUGAUGAACAUGAACCAGAAGCAAAU